UUAAAAGCUAUCCCCAUCUAUAAAUACAUUUCAACUCCCUUCCUCUACUCUCAAGAACUUCCAUAAACCUCUCAAUCUGAAAACUUAUCUCAAACUUUUAAAAGAGGAACUUUUCAGGGUUCUUAAUUUUAGCAAAAACCUCUGAUUCGUAGAUGGCGGCAAUAAACGAUGUAUCGAAGCUUGAAUACAUCAAGCAACACCUGCUCGGUGAUCUUUCUCCUAUCGGGCUUUCAAUUUUUGACCAAAAUGAAUGGAGUUUUGAAGUAAAUACCGAUUUCUCCACCUCGCAAUCUGAUUCUCUCUGCUCCCAAACCUCGAGCUCUGACUCCGUGAUUGAAGUAGCAGACUACUUGACUCCCAGCGAGAUCUUCGAGUUCAGUUCAAAUCAAAGCGAUUUUUUCGAUUUUGAAUUGAAACCCGAACUUAUUGAUCUCACAACCCUCAAAUCCCUAACGCUAACCUCUCAAUCGAGUAAUAGCUCGUUUGAAUUUGAAUCGAAACCUGAAACUAUCGAUCUCAGAGUUGCCACCUCUCAAUCGAACAGCUUUUUGGAUGAAUUCGAAUCCAAACCUCAGAAACUCCGCCAAACGAGCUGCCAAUCUAACCGGAAGCCAUCUUUGACGGUUUCCCUUCCUGCGAAAACCGAAUGGAUUGAAUUCGGAGCUCCGAAGCCUCAAGUCUCCGUACAGAAGAAAUCGAUCGAGGAAGAGAAGAGACACUACCGAGGUGUCCGGCAAAGGCCGUGGGGCAAGUUCGCGUCGGAGAUCAGAGACCCGAACCGUAAAGGCUCCCGGGUUUGGCUGGGGACCUUUGACACGGCCAUGGAAGCAGCUAAAGCUUACGACCGAGCCGCAUUCAAACUUCGCGGCUCGAAAGCCAUACUCAACUUUCCACUGGAAGCCGGGAAGUAUAAGAACAGUGACGUAAUCGAUAAGAAACGACGUCGUCAGGAAGAAGUAGAAGCAGAAAACAAAUAUGAGGAGGUAGCGGUGGUAAAGAAAGAGAAGCUAACGGAGUUUGAUGACGCCGUUAGUUAUUUAAAGAACAUGCCGUUGACACCGUCUGAUUGGACGGCCGUGUGGGAGUCUGACGGGAAGGGGGUUUUCAAUAUUCCACCUCUUUCGCCGUUAUCUCCACAUCCAGCUUUGAGUUAUUCACAGUUAAUGGUUGUUUGAAGGAGUUUUAUUUUUACUUCACUUCUCUGUUAUUUGUAUAUUUUUAUUCACAGAUAUUCAUUUAUUUUUUAAAAUAGAGAGAAUUUGAUUGAUCUGUUUAAUUUGGGGCUUAUGAAUCUGAUGAUUUCUCAGUGUUACUUACA